AUGUUUUCCAGAAUUCUACUCAGACCAGGCCCAAAUACGUCCAGUUUUCUUUCCAAGGCCGUGCCUAGGGCCAGACUCAUUUCCAGCCAGUUCGCCAGACCUAUGGGCAGGCCUUUAGCACCCAAAAUGGGUGUUUCGCUAGGAGUGCUUGGCAUCUCGAGCUAUUGGCUCUAUCACAACCAGAUCAGAAAUGAGGUAGCGAUUGGUGACCAAAAGCAGCUUCAAAUAGAAAGCACCGUUCAAGACAUCGCUCAGAAACCUCAAUAUGACAAGUCUUUUGGGGGGAAGCUUGACUACCAGGAGCUGUCUCUUGGAUCCAUGUGUGGCCUAGUCUGCGGCAUGGUUAUGGGUAAAUUGAGUUCUAUUUUUGUGUUCUUAUCACUCAGUUUCUACCUCGGCGUCCAAUUCCUCAACUCGAGAGGAAUUGUCACCAUUCCUUGGACUCGCUACAUUAAAAUGGGCUCCCAUUUGAUCGAUGUGAGACAGAUGAUUUUCGAACAACCAAGUUUCAACAUCAGCUUCAUCCUCACAUUUCUGCUAGCAGCCUACUAUAUUUGA